UUGUAAAGAGCACUGGUUCUCUCAGGGGAAAAGAGCCAGGGAGCCCUGAGGUUUAGAGAACGUGAACUGUUUAUUCUUGUCGCUACCUGUCCUCUCCCCCAGAUGACCUGCCUCUUCCAGUUGUUUCGGAAAGUUUUCUUCUUAGUGCUCUGGAGGGAGGUUGUAGGUGACAGGCUGCUGGUGGUCCCUCAGGAUGGAAGCCACUGGCUCAGUAUGAAGGACAUAGUUGAGCUCCUCAGUGAGAAGGGGCAUGACAUUGUGGUGCUGGUGCCAGAAGUCAAUUUGCUUUUGAAGGAGUCCAAGCACUACACAAGAAAAAUCUAUCCAGUGCCAUUCAACCAGGAGGAGCUGGAGAAUCGGUACCGCUCUUUCGGAAACAAUCACUUUGCUGAGAGAUGGCUCCUGAACGCUGCUCAGAUGGAAUACAGGAAUAGCAUGAUCGUUAUUGACAUGUAUUUCACCAACUGCCAGAGCCUCCUGGAGAACUCGGCCACCCUGAGUGUCCUCAGGGAGAGCAAGUUCGAUGCCCUUUUCACAGACCCAGCCCUACCCUGCGGGGUCAUCCUGGCUGAGUACCUGGGCCUGCCCUCCGUGUACCUCUUCAGGGGCUUCCCAUGCUCCCUGGAGCAUACCAUGAGCAGGAGCCCAAACCCUGUGUCCCACAUUCCCAGAUGCUACACUCAGUUCUCAGACCAGAUGACGUUCCCCCAACGGGUGGCCAACUACCUCGCUAAUUACUUGGAGACAUAUCUGUUCCACUGUCUGUACUCGAAGUACGAAGACCUCGCCUCCAAUAUCCUCAAGAGGGAUGUGCACCUACCCACCUUGUAUCAGAAGGGAUCCAUCUGGCUCUUAAGAUAUGACUUUGUCUUUGAAUAUCCCAGACCGGUCAUGCCUAACAUGGUUUUCGUUGGAGGGACCAAUUGCAAGAAGGGGAAGCCAUUGUCUCAGGAAUUUGAAGCCUAUGUUAAUGCUUCCGGAGAACAUGGAAUUGUGGUUUUCUCUUUGGGCUCCAUGGUCUCAGAGAUUCCCGAGAAGAAAGCUAUGGAACUUGCUGAUGCCUUGGGCAAAAUACCUCAGACAGUCCUGUGGCGGUAUACUGGCACUCCACCACCAAAUCUUGCGAAGAAUACAAUACUUGUCAAGUGGCUGCCCCAAAAUGAUCUACUUGGUCACCCGAAGACUCGUGCCUUUAUCACACAUUCUGGCUCCCAUGGCAUAUAUGAGGGAAUCUGCAACGGAGUUCCAAUGGUGAUGCUUCCCUUGUUUGGUGAUCAAAUGGACAAUGCAAAGCGCAUGGAGACCCGGAGGGCUGGAGUGACCUUGAAUGUCCUGGAAAUGACUUCCGAAGAUUUAGCAAAUGCCCUGAAAACUGUCAUCAGUGACAAAAGCUAUAAGGAGAACAUCAUGCGUCUCUCCAGGCUGCACAAGGACCGCCCCAUCGAGCCCCUGGAUCUGGCUGUGUUCUGGGUGGAGUUCGUGAUGAGGCACAAGGGGGCCCCACACCUGCGCCCAGCAGCCCACGAUCUCACCUGGUACCAGUACCACUCAUUGGACGUGAUCGGCUUCCUCCUGGCCAUCGUGCUGGGGGUUGUCUUCAUUGCUUAUAAAUGUUGCGCCUUGGGCUGCCGGAAGUGCUUUGGGAGAAAAGGACGAGUUAAGAAAUCUCACAAAUCCAAGGCACACUGAGAAGGGGGUAGGGAAUGAGAUGAUCCGAAGUUGCAACCAGACACAACGUUAAAUUCAUAUUCUGCUUAUUAAACAAAUGCUUAGCCCGGAGUGAGAUACCCCUGAAUGGUUUUUCAAAAUAAAAACAAUCUAAUUGGUAGUCACACCUACAGGUAGAGAUCUUGAAAGGUUUCUGCCCCCUUUAGUAUUUUUAAUCUGGACUACCCUUGUCCCCAUUCAAAUGACUUGCCAGAGGGUCGGACAGGUCCUUCCUGCCCCUUGCAUUAAUUUUCUUACUUAGGAGUAAGGACUGUUUGUGGGGCAACAGGUUUGAGAGGUUCCCGCACCCCCAACCUGCAACCCGGGAAGACGGUUCUAACAUUAUCGUCUGGCUUCUGGAAAUUUUGUGAACGUUGCCAUCCUAACUUAAGGUCUUAAUUUAAGCUUGUGCUUCGCAGACAG